AAGUAGCCCUAGCUUGUGCGACGUAAGCGUGUGUCAGCAGGGCGAAGCGUUAAUAAAUGUAUAUAUAGUGAAUCAAAAUUAUAAAUAAAUAUUUAUUUAAAUUGAUACGAUAGAUUGUAAAGGAUUCCCUUCGGUACUAGUCAUCUGUCCAGGGGAGAAGGUUACAGCUGAUAGCCUGCAUGCUAGCUACGUUUAGCUAAAACUGUAUCUGUGUGAAUUAUGGGGCUUUAUGAAGUGUAUUCUCACCCGUUAUUAAUCCGGUAUAAAGCCAGUGUGUGUUCCCGGGCCAGUGUGUUUGUGCUGUUGGUAUCUGUGCUCACUUACAUCCCUCCUCUACUCAUCACCUACAGGAGUCAAGGGUUCUGGCUGAAGCAGAGCUCAUAUGAGGAACAGCCUGUGGUCCAGUUCCAGUAUGAGAUGAUGAUGAUAGGUGUGACGAGUGCUAGUGGAGAUUAUGUAGCUUGGAGCACAUUCUCCAACUUCAACAUGCUGCUGGGGGACAAACUGCGUAUUCCCACUGUGUCUGUGCGAGAGAGUGAUAGUAAUGGUGAUGGGAAGGCAGACCGUUUGUCUCUACAGAUGUCUGUCCCACUGAACAGCGCAGAGCAGAUUUACAGCCUCCAACUACUGCUCACCUUCUCCUACCAGCUCCGUAGGAUGUCAGUGGUGGUGAUGCAGUCAAUGGCAUUGAUCCAGUCCUCGUCUUCUGUCCCCAUGUCUCAGCUCUUCAUCAGUGGAGAUCUGAAGUUGCAGCAGAAGGAGCCUCUCUCUCACCGUGGUGUACACACUCAGUACAAUGUCUCUGUGAUUGACUCAGAAAGUCCUUUUGCCGACUCAUUCGACCUCACCACCAUCAUCAGGAAAUACCAGGAGAGAAACUUGACUACUUAUCUGUGGUGUCCUGUCCCGGUGUGGACAGUCGGUCGAGCAGUGAACACUCCAUUUCAGAUUAAAGCAGAAAUCCGUUACCCAGUGGAGACAAUAACAUAUCGGCCAGGUUUCUGGGAGACGGUGAAGUUUGCCUGGAUUCAAUACGUCAGUGUGUUGCUCAUCUUCCUCUGGAUCUUCCAACGUGUCCAAACCUUCGUCUUCCUCAACCGUGUGCUGCCUACUGUACCUGUCUCACUGCACAAACCUCACUUCUCCUGACGUGUGUGUGUGUGUGUAUGUGUAUCUAAAGUGUGUAAAGGGGAAUGAUGUGUAUAGUUUUCUAUAAAAUCAUCACUGUAGUUUUACUAGUGUGUAUAUGAUGAUUUUGUACUUCAGAGAAUAAAACUUGUUUAUCAGA